GAAUGACCGUUACUCUGUUCUAGACCUUACUCGCUGUUCCGUUGCCGUACGCAAAGCUUCUUCUAGUCCCCUCGCUGUUGCCUCUGCUGCUGCUAUGGCCUCUCUUCACACCCAUCUUCCCUACAAUUCUUCUUUCUCCCCUCUCCUUCCCAAUCUCCGUCAAACGCGGUGCCUCCUCGUCUCCCGUAACCUCCGACCUGCGUUUUCCGGGAGAGCUAGGGUUUUAACUUUCCGGAUUAAUCCUUGGGGUCGCAUCGGAGCAUCCUCGUUUCGUUGCCUCUGUAGAACAGGGAUUGAAGUUGAAAAUUUAUCGCUCCUGGAAGGAAAUGAACGGCCACCCUUCGAUAUCAAUCUCGCCGUCAUUCUUGCCGGUUUCGCGUUUGAAGCAUACACAAGCCCCCCUGAAAAUUUUGGGAGGUGUGAAGUUGACGCUGCAGGUUGUACGACUGUAUAUCUUUCAGAAUCAUUUAUUCGAGAGAUAUAUGAUGGUCAACUAUUCAUAAAGCUGAAGAAGGGCAUUGAUUUUCCUGCAAUGGAUCUAUGGGGAACAAGCGAUCCAUAUGUGCUGUUUCAAUUGGAUGGUCAGGUUGCUAAAAGCAAGACAAAAUGGGGGACAAAGGAGCCAACAUGGAAUGAGAACUUCACUCUUAACAUCAAGGAGGCUUCUACUAAAUAUGUUCAGGUUGCUGCAUGGGAUGCAAACUUGGUGACUCCACAUAAACGUAUGGGGAAUGCAGGCAUCAAUCUGGAAUCUCUUUGUGAUGGAAAUUUGCAUGAUGUAUCAGUGGAGUUAGAAGGAAUGGGUGGAGGUGGAAAGUUGCAGCUGGAGAUCAAGUAUAGGACUUUUGAUGAAAUUGAAGAUGACAAACGAUGGUGGAGAGUCCCCUUCAUUUCUGAAUUUCUUCGCAAUAAAAAUUUUGCAUCUGCUCUAAAUAAGCUUGUUGGAUCUGACACUGUGCCAGUACGUCAGUUUGUAGAAUAUGCUUUUGGGAAGUUAAAGUCAUUCAAUGAUGAAUACCCAUCAAGUGAUCAUUUAUUGAGCAAGCCAAAAGACAAAGAUGAUACACCUUCACAGUUGCAGAAUAAUGAAGAAGUCUCUAUAACUGAUAUAAGCUCUGUCAAAGAGAGCAAUUCAGAUGAGGUUGCAGCAAGUGAUAAUAGAGUGGAAAAUGGACAAUCCCUGAAAGAAGUGACACAAAGUAUUUUAGCAAAGCAAUUCGAUAAACAAUUUUGGACAAACUUGGCUGAUGUAACAAAUCAAAAUAUUGUCAAGAAACUUGGUCUUCCUGCCCCUGAGAAAUUAAAGUGGGAUGGAUUUGAGUUGCUAAAUAAAAUUGGUUUGGAGGCACGAAAGAGUGCUGAAGCAGGUUAUAUUGAAUCAGGGCUUGCAUCUCCCAAAAGUUUGGAUAUUGAUCAGGAACAAAAGAACAUUAGAAUGGCGGAGUCGACAUUAACUGAUGUGAAGAAAGUUAAGAAAGAUCUAUUAAGUCAAACUGAGUCUGUUUUGGGAGCAUUGAUGGUUCUGACAGCGACAGUUUCUCAAUUGAACAAGGAAGCACAGCUUAUAGGAAAGAAAGAAACCAAAGAUGGGAUCUCAAAAAAAGUGGGAGAGACGCUUGGUAGUUCAGGGGACGGAUCAUUGUUGGAUAAUAGGAAUUCUGAGGAAAUGAAAGCACUUUUUGCAACUGCAGAAAGUGCCAUGGAAGCUUGGGCAAUGCUUGCUACAUCACUUGGCCAUCCUAGUUUCAUAAAAUCAGAAUUUGAGAAGUUAUGUUUCUUAGAUAACGAGUCUACGGACACACAGGUUGCAAUUUGGCGAGAUUUUAUGCGGAGAAGACUAGUUGUUUCCUUCAGGGGCACAGAACAAUCAAGAUGGAAGGACCUACGAACAGACCUGAUGCUAGUCCCUGCAGGGUUAAAUCCUGAAAGGAUAAGUGGAGAUUUCAACAAGGAAGUUCAAGUUCACAGUGGGUUCUUAAGUGCGUAUGAUUCAGUGCGAGUGAGGAUUAUUUCCCUCAUUAAAAAGGCCAUUAAUUAUAAAGAUGAUUGUGGUGAGCCACCAGUCAAAUGGCAUGUUUAUGUUACAGGUCACAGUUUGGGUGGUGCAUUGGCUACACUUCUUGCUCUUGAACUUUCGUCAAGUCAACUUGCAAGGCACGGGGCAAUAAAUGUGACUAUGUACAAUUUUGGAUCUCCUAGAGUCGGCAACCGGCAAUUUGCACAAAUUUAUAAUGAGAAAGUGAAAGACAGUUGGAGAGUUGUAAACCACAGAGACAUUAUUCCAACAGUUCCUCGUUUGAUGGGUUAUUGCCACGUGGCUCAACCCGUUUAUCUUGCAACUGGAGAUCUGAAAGAUGCCUUGGAAAAUAUGGAGCUUCAAGCAGAUGGUUAUCAAGGUGAUGUCAUUGGGGAGGCCACACCAGAUGUUUUAGUCAACGAAUUUAUGAAGGGUGAAAAGGAACUUGUUGAAAAACUGCUGCACACAGAAAUAAACAUAUUCCGUGCAAUUAGAGAUGGAAGUGCGCUUAUGCAACACAUGGAGGAUUUCUACUACAUUACAUUGCUGGAGAAUGUGAGGUCUAACUACCAAAACGUUGGCAACUUACAAUCGGACCAACAGGGUGACUUGUGAAUUGGCUAAGGUUCUCUGCCAUAUCAAAGCGUGCACUGCUUUACCUCUUUUAGGCGUUAUAUUCCAAUUCAGUCAACUGCAAUUGUAGUACGGUGGCUGAUUAUUGAAGUUGUACAACUACUGCAAUAAAGCUAGUUUAUAUUUCUUCUAUAUAGCUUUCAUUGUCGACAUUUGUAUAUCCUGACCUUGUUAUUUGUGGUAAUGUAAAAUGUGCAUAAACCUCAAAACAACUUGUUUAAGGAAAAUUGCUUAGGAUACAAGGUCCAGAGGAAGCGAUAGAAAAGGAAAAAAAAUGUGCAGACACUUUUUGUUAGCUUUUGGUCGUCCUAAGAAUUAUAUUGAAUCGCUGAAGUGGUUGCUUGGUCAAUUUUUAA